UACUACAACGUAAUACUUCAUUCAUUAGACAUAUACCGCGACACGAUCCUUUCACAAUCAAUAUUUACCAAAACUCAUGUGGCAAACAGAUUACGGUUGAGUGCCAAGUGGUGACUAUCUCCAGCUUGUAGCUAUUUUCUGUUAUAAUGCUAGGUUGAGACUGACUAGAUAAACACAGAGACCGUCACUGACCUGUUUGCUACCACAGGCAACCCACAUAUACGCUGCCUGACAUGAAUAUUGAUUCCGGUUGUGCGAGGACAGGCUGGCUGAGGACAGUGUAACCAUCCCGACACACUCUCAACUCUCAAGACGUCAGUCAGAUUGUGAGGUUUCUGUCAACAGAGUAGCUGUCCUAGUCUGUUCCUAGUGGAGGCCAGCUCUUCUCAAUGAAGACAAGUGCAUACAUGUGGACGUUUGAACAAUGAUUCGCUCGACAUGCUUUCAUGCUCAUUGACAGGGAUACACCCAGUUGAAGUGUGUCUCCCUCUGUCAUUCAUAGACUGAGGGACAGGUUCGAGGCCACUGGUAGAGUAAAGGACAGACCUCGCUCUGGAAUACACAGAAAAGCAUCAAGGGCAGAUGACCUACACUACAGUGUGUACUAACACUACAUAAACGGCGACCUCUUGACGAAAAUGGACGAGAACACACGCUCGGACGCUUGGCGUUACAUGAUCGUUGCCGCUUCGUUUUCAACACUGUUGUUUUGUUCCUCAUCGAUGUAUUCCAACGGCGUGUUUUUGGUGGCCUUCAAGGAUACUGGCCUGUAUGACGUCAGCACGUUGUCCUGGCUCAUGGCUGUGUCCAACAUGAUGCACGCUGUUGGGGGACCAGUAAGCAGCCUUCUAAUCACAUUGACCAGUUGUCGAGUUGCAACUGUCACCGCAGGGAUAGUCACAUUUCUUGGCUUCAUUAUUGGAAGCUUCACGUCCGAUUUGCGGGUUCUCUUCUUGGGCUUCGGUGUUCUUAUAGGUAUAGGCCGUGGCACCUCCUUUGCUACCACCAAUGUCAACAUUGCGUACUGGUUUCGAGAGGAUAGCAGCAUAGCUUCUGGCUUGACCACAGCUGGAGUUGGAGUUGGAAUGUUGAUACAUCCACGUCUAGUCCAGGCCUUUAUUGACUGGUAUGGUGUACACGGAGCGCUCAUGCUGAUGGGAGCUGUAUCACUUCAUACUUGCAUAUGUGGUCUUCUUCUACGACCUUCCUCCUUUGAAAGAGGGAAGCACAAGAGAAGUUCAGAAGAAACUCCUUCACGUGUAACAGUUCCCUGUGUGCAGAGGGCGACUGGUGUCAUUGAACAGAUGAAACCUAUAUUGACAAAUGGUCCUUUUUUACUGUUCAUGGUUGGAGUGUGUUUAUUCAAUACAUCAUUCCUUGUGAUAACGACAUUCAUCCCCGAUUUCUUCAACCUUAGAGGCUCCACACACCAGGAAUCGGCUAUGGCAGCUUCUGUAAUCGGGUGUGGAGGUCUCAUAUCGCGUGUUUUGGCUGGUGUCAUGACAAACGACCCAAAAAUAGGCACAAUGAUUCUGUUAUCGAGUAAUUGUGGUAUUUCAGGCAUUCUGACUUUGCUGCUGCCAUUUCUAGCAGAUUCAGAGGCGGGGAGGUACAUGUAUACCUUCUGUAUCGGUACAUACCUCACCUGUAUCUAUGUCAUCUUGGGGCCUACUACUCUACAAAAAGUGGGUCUACAGCAUCUUGCGUAUGGAUUCGGAUUCAUGUUCCUAAACACUGGCAUAGGGAACCUGGUUGGCCCCCCAAUAGCAGCAUACAUUUGGCGUCAGACAAAUUCCUACUACGCUUUGUUUGUUUUCACAGCGUGCCUUCUACUGGCAGCAAGUUGUUGUGGAUUUCUGUCCGAACUUGUCUCGAAUAAUGAUUUGAAGGAUAUUAGCCCAGCACAAGACAUCCUCUUGAAGAUAGAUCCAGUGGAACAGGUUAGAAUGUCAGGGUCUUUAGACAGAGAACUGGUUAUAAUGGCAGCAUCGGAAUCCGAAGCUGAACAGCAAACACAGACUGUUGUGUGACCUACACUAUAUUUUCAUUACAUGGUUAUCAGGGAAUCUAUAUGGUCAGCUUACAAGUUACAUAUCCUGACGAGUUCGGACAUAUAACAAAUCCACCUGAUGAUGCACUCUACAAUGAGACAACAACCAACUUCAUAUGUGCACACCAUGCAGUCGACCUGAGAAGUAUGUUCGCAUGCGGAGGACUAUGAUGAUUUUGAUGAUUCAGUCCACAUUCUAAGGGAAUCGCAAGACGAAUCACCGGAUUUAGGUUUAAUGCCGAAUUCGAGGUACCAACAUUAGUUCUCAUACAAAGAAAUCCACAAUUUACUAUAUUCAUGACUCUCAGUUAAAACGUUGCAAGCAUAAAGAAUCUAAUGUAAUAUUUUAAAGUGAAAGUCAGAUUUUGUUACCACACUGACUUGACUGUUUUGAGUGACAUCGGCUUUCAAUCACAUACACAUGAUUCAUAUUUUGAGAUUAUAUGACGCAAUAUUUACUGCAGGAACAGUCAGUAAAUAUAUUUUGUCAGAUAUUUUAAUACUUUCGCAGAGCUCACUCUACAUCAAGGUCUUUGUUUACCAGUUCACGCAGAAGAAUCAUAUCGUUUUUAGCACAAGCCUGAAUGUUGGUAUUUUAUCAGUAUUGUCAUUAUUCAUUUUACAAAUGUAUUUACAAAAUAUUUCAGUGGCUUAUUCUAUAUUUGUAUGAUAUUAUAUAAGUAUACAUGGACAAUUCAAUGGUUUGGAUAAGCAAUUGCGGCGUUUUUCACCCUACAGAAGGGGAGGUUUUGUAUCCUUAGGGGACGACAGUUUGGUCUUUGGAAGUGACCUGAUCCUCCUACACCGGACGGUGCGAACUAUCAAAGAAAAGGAAAUAGUGUUAUUUGGAAAGCUGACUCGAUGUCUUGAAGCGGGGAUAUUAUGGCCGGGGAACGGUGCGUUAUGCACUUGACACGUGUACUGCAGCUAGGGUGAACGAUACAUGUACUGCAACAUGAUGGUGCUGUCGUGUGGGUUGAUAUGGUGUAUUUGAUGUCCAACAACAUGUUUAUUCAAGAAUGUAUUAUAGCAUCCCAUAUUGCAAAUAAAUAUAAUUGAAAACAUA